AUGAAAAUAGAACAUUCGAAUCGACGAUUAACAAUGCAAAAAUACAAAGCAAACAUUGAUUCUUCAACUGAUGUUUCUCAUUCAAAAGGAACAUCAAACACUAAAAUGUACACAUCAUGUUUAAAUAUUUGCAGAAAAACAUUUUUGUAUAAACUACUUGCUAGUGUGACUAUUCUUAUAAUUAUAAUAAGUAUUACAAUUCCAUUAGUUAUGCUGAAACAGAAAACGAAAGGCAUAUCUACAUCGACAAAUGUAGAAACAUCAAAGACAGUAUCACCCGAAAUAACAACAGUUUAUUCAUCAACCUUGUCAUCAUCAGAUGCAUUAUAUGUUCGUCCUAAUACUCCUUGGCCAAAUGCUGGAUUUCAUUAUCAAUCUAUUCGACUUCGGAUAAAAGUAGCUGGUCUUUAUACAAUUCUUUCAAACAGUACUAUGGAUACACAUGGAUAUAUUUAUAAGGAUACUUUUAAUUCAUUAUCUCCAUAUAAAAAUCUCUUAUUAGAAGAUGCAGAUACUGCUGAAAAUGGACAAUUCAAAUUUACAAUAUUUCUUUCUCGCGUCGUGAAAUAUACCAUCGUUGUAACAACAUACAAAGCAGCUACAAUGGGAACAUUUUCACUGAUCAUACAUGGGCCAUCGUCAACUGUUUUGUCUUUAUCUGAAACUAAUCCACCAGAUAGAAUUCAGUGGUUAUUCGAUGGAGAUUUAAACGAUGUUUAUGGUCGUUACAAUGGACAACUGAAAAUAAAUGGGAAUAAUACUACUACAUGGAUGUCACCAGGUUAUGCAGGUUAUGGAAGUGCUGCUUGUUUUUCAUCUAAUAAUUAUAUGAUUGUUAAACGAUACUUGAAUUUAAGUUCGACUAAAUUAACCGUUUCUUCUUGGAUAUGGAUUCCAGAGAACCUUUUGUUAAGUUGGUAUUUUUUUCCUUUAUUUACUUAUUGUGCAUGGGCUGGACAAGACAUGUGUUUACAUAUGGCUGUGGCUGGCGGUAAACUUCGUCUUGGUUUCUACGGUGAUGAUUUAAAUGGAAAUAUUGCAUUAGCUUUCAAUCAGUGGUAUUAUGUUACCUAUUCUUAUGAUCCGUUGUCAUUACAGCAACGUAUUUAUGUCAAUGGAAUUGUUGAUGGAAUUCGAACGCCGAACCAUGCAUUUCAACAAACUGCAAAUGUUAUAGUUAUUGGUGGAGCACCGCUAAUCACUGACCUUUUUUCUGAAAGUGGUUUUAUUGAUAAAUUAACAUUUGAAUCACGUGUUAAAAGUUCUGAAGAAAUUCUUGAUGAAGCAACUCUUGUUGCUUAUUAUCCAUUUGACAAUUCAUAUGAUGAUGUUGGACCAAAUCAAAUGAUUAACAGUACAUUUCUUUCAACAAUGUUUGACUCAGAUGGUCGAUUUGAUCAAUGUUUAUUAAUUAAUUCAACAAAUUUAUCUUAUUUUCAGUCAACAGGUUUUUAUUAUCUUGGUCAAACAAAUUAUCCAUUUUCAUUUUCAUUAUGGAUUUAUCCAUUUAUUAAUAAUGGAACAAUUCUUCAGAUGAGUUCUAUAGAUGGAUGGUGUGUACCAACAAUUGGUUUCGAUUCUUCAGGUCGUCUCACAAUUCAAAUAUUAGGUGCAAAUGGUAUUUAUUCAAGUUCAUUCAUCACUGGAAUAAUAUCGUUGAAUCAAUGGACUCAUAUAGUUAUGACAUAUUCAACAUUCAAUGGUAUUCAGCUCUUCGUUAAUGGAUCAUUUGCAAAUGAAAAUAAUAAACAUCGUACUUAUUCAGCAACAGGUUCAAGACAUACAAUCCUUGUAGGAACUUGUCUUUCACCAGACACUUGUUCUCAUGGGAAAACACGAAUUGUUCCAUCGUCAUUUCGAGGAAAGAUUGAUGAACUGAAAAUCUUUUCUCGUGAAUUAUCCUUCAUUGAAAUCGCUCAAUUAGCUCAAGUAACAAUUCCAUAUGAAUAUGGUUCAUCUAGUUUAUGGCAGUUUGAUAAAAAUGCUUUAGAUAGCAUAUCGAAUCAUCAUGGAGUAACUGUCAAUUCACCUAGUUAUGUAACACCUGGUAUUACUGGGAAUGGAUAUGCUUUGAAAGUCAAUCGUAAUCAAACUCAAUAUGUAACGGUAUCAACAAAUCAAAGUUUUCAUGAUGUUAGCUUUACAAUAGAAAUGUGGAUAUAUCCAAUUAGAUUAACGAAGAGUGAUAUUUUUGGACUUUUUUCUCAAUAUGAUUCAAUGGAAAAAUAUCAUUUCUUACGUUUGACAAUACAGGAUAGUCGUCUGUAUAUGGGUUUUUAUAAUGAUGGUCUUGAAUGCAGAACAGAAUUAGUAAUAAAUACUUGGUAUCAUGUUGCUUUUGUUUAUGAUUAUCGAUCAAGAUCACAAAAUAUAUAUUUAAAUGGAAAUCAAGAUUGUCAUCGUAGUGCAGCUGGAUCAUUUAAAAGAAGUCAAGGUCCUAUACAUAUUGGAACACAUUUCCAGAAUGUAUAUAAUUGUUUUGAUGGCGAAACAAAUUCAGUUUUGAAAACUGAAAACAACGAGGAAUUUCUAAUUGAUUGUCUAUAUAUAUUUAGUCUUAUUGAUAAUGUUGCAUUGACUAUGCGAACAAAAACUGAUAUGGAAAUUCUCGAUGAUGCUACAUUGAUAACAUGGCAUUCAUUUGAUAGUGUAUCAUGGAAGGAUUCGAGUACAUUUGGAUUAACUGCAACAGCUAAUAAUGUUAAUUUAGUCUCGGGCAAAGUGAAUCAUGCAUUAAAUUUUAAUUCAAGUUCAGCAUAUUAUCAGAUUUCUGGAUUUGUUUUACUCGGAAUUUCUAAUCGAUCGUAUUCGAUAUCUUUAUGGAUUAAACGAGCAUCCAAUAGUGGAGGAGUUCUUGUUCAUCUUUCAACGCAAAUAAAUGGAACAGGAUGGUGCACUACUCUCAUGGGGUUUCAAGUCAACGGUCAAUUUGUCGUUAACAAUGGUAAUUUUAGUGAAAACAUAUUAGUUGUCCGACUGCUGCCUAUUAAUGUAUGGACACAUAUUGUCGUUACUUAUUCAUUAAGAAAUGGGCUAAUCUUAUAUAUUAAUGGAAUCUUUUACGGUACAACAGGUGAAAUACCCUAUACAACUUCAGGAGAAGCUAGCAUUUUGACAUUGGGUAAUUUACUUAGUGGAAGUUCGUGUUAUCGAGGAUCAAUUACAUCAGACGUGUAUGUUGGAGAUAUAGACGAAUUUCGUGUUUAUUCUCGAGAGUUGAGCACUACGGAUGUUUAUGAGCUUGCUAGUCCUUGA